GCCCGCCCGCCCUGCCGACGCACGCCGCCCGCCCAAAGCGCGCCCAAAAAAACCGAACAUCGAUUUUUAUAGUGCUUGUGUUGUGUGUGUGAGUGUCUGUGUAUGUGCAAAAAAUAUUGGAUGACAAUCAUGCAGUCGUGCUUCAUCAUUGGUCACAUCUUUGCUUACCACCAGGCAAGAUAGUGGCCAAACGCUAGCUAAUUACAAUAAAUUAGGUAUAUACUGGCUGAUGAACCGUCAUGAUUUAGGUCUACGACGAAGCUAAGCUAAACACACCAUAGAAGGCUGCCGUGUAUACAGGGUGUUUUGAGCCGUGAAAGUGGGAUUAUGCAUGGACACGUGAACUAGCGAUGUCUGCGGCUUUCCUCUUCGCGGCGCUUGGCGCUUUGGCACUCGUCAGCCGCACAGGGUGCACAGACAACACAAAUGGCCUGAACACAGACGCCGUACAAGAGUUGGACUACACGGACGUAGACCUAGGGUUGACACAAAGGGGACCUCGCUUCGACGUGCCACACUCCAAGAAUGUGACAGCCUUAGUUGGGAAAACUGCACAACUGAACUGCAGGGUCCACGAUCUUGGAAACAGGACGGUAUCAUGGAUUCGACAUCGUGACAUUCACUUGCUGACGUCAGGCAGAAUGACGUACACCUCAGACCAGAGGUUCAUCAGUGUACACAACCCUCACACUGAGGAUUGGAUACUCAAGAUAAGGUUUCCACAACGCCGCGACUCGGGCAUUUACGAGUGCCAAGUCGGUACAACGCCACCUAUCGGCCACAGGAUGUACCUCUCAGUCGUCGAGCCCCUGACGACAAUCCUGGGUGGACCGGAGCUGUUCAUCAACACGGGCAGCACCAUCAACCUGACGUGUGUGGUGCAGCACUCGCCGGAGCCACCUCCAGCCAUUCGGUGGACUCAUAAUGACGAGGAGAUCAACUACGACUCACCCCGUGGAGGCGUCUCAGUCAUCACUGAGAAAGGGGAGACGACCACGUCACACCUCCUGGUACAAAGGGCCAAAGCCCCUGACUCCGGCAGAUACACCUGCGCCCCUGCUAAUGCUAAUCCGAGAUCUGUACUCGUCCAUGUUCUGAGCGGUGAGCACCCAGCUGCCAUGCAGCAUGGUGGCCAGCUCCGUCUCCAGUACCCUCUGUCAGCAGCCCUCCUCAGCGUCAUCGUGACCCUCAUGGGCUGCUAGUAUCAACAGCUGGACACUUUUGUAAUAUAUACCUUGAGUAAGCGUAAUACGGAUCGUUUUUACUAAAACUUUGAAAGCAAAGGGAGUUUCAAUUCAUAUUCUCAAGACAAAUCUAUAGUCAUAGCUAUAUAAUAAUUAUAUUCUUUGAAGAGGGAAAGUACUAAAAUUCCAACUAACCAAUCAUUUGGUUCCUGUAAGUAAUAUAAUAUUCAUAUGACUUGACGCUCCCUCUCCUUUCUACAUUUGGAACUUGACAAAGUUCAUCUUAAGUCCCUUAGUCGUCUUCGAAUUCCGAGACACUUACGUAAAUUGAACAUUUUGUAAAAUAAUUACUUCUAAUGUAUGACGUUUGUUGUAUCCCAUUCUUAUGUAUGAUAUCAUUGUCAUCAUCUGUAAUAUCUCAAAGUAAUUUAGUAUUAUGUAAAAACUUACUAGCCAGUUGUAACUUACCUAGUCUUCAAGUUUUAUAUCACAGGCAAUGUAAGUACGUAACUUUCGCCAGCCAUUCCUAAACUUAUAUGAGAAAAUAAAAACGAACUUUAUUUAUUAUUGUUUUACGGUUCUAUUUACGUUUCCGACUUUCUACGCUGAAGAUUUAGUGAAGGUCUCACGAGUGAGAGGUUCUGGCUGCGUAACAACUAUAAAACAAUAAUAAAUAUGAAUGGGUCUGGAAGUUGUUAUAUUAAAAUAGGGAUUUUAUUGGCCACAGAGAAGAUACAUGGUAGUGAAAUAUAGCCUAGAUGCUAUGGAGCGAAAGGAAAAUCGUGAAUCACAGGUAGAUUUUGUAAUCCAUAUUAAUACCCUUAAACCGAAUCACGCAGAAGUAAUCAGCCGGAGGUCCACAUUCAAUAAAUAACUGAGUCUAACAGAGUACCCGAUUACGUAAACGUACAUCACAAUGAUUAAAUUUUCAUAGGUUUCCGAAUUCUUCCAAUAAUCUCUAGAUGUAUUCUUGUCAGACUCGGCGAACGAGCUUGUUUCAUAAAUAAAUAAUCAAUUGACGAUGUUACCGACGUAAAACGUCAAACGCAAAUACAUACUCGUAUAGCAUGCGAGGUUUUUUCUUUUUGUCAGUUCAAUGAACUGUGUAUUAGUGGUCAGUAAUAUUUGAGGGUCGCGAAUAAUAUCUGCUUUGAAGUGAGAGUAAAGGGUUACUACAUAUAAAGUGUUGUUAUAUGAGGUUGUUACGUUUUGGAGACCGUAUUAGUGUUUUUUGAGUGACGUCAAGAGGUCUGGAUUGGCUUCAAUUCCAAAAGUCUCUUAAAUCUAACUAUAGAAGGAGGAAUUAACUAAAACUCGUGGUUUGUUCAUGUACAUCAAUGGAGAAGAGCUCUAUUAAGUUUAAAUCGCAGAGAGACUAUGGUUUCGUGUAAAAGGGGCUUGUUAUCAUGAGCGGCGUGCAUAGACGAGGUGACGUCGUGCAUCCUACUGAGAGUAGGUUGCAUGAAAACCGUGAUUUUUAGAUAUUUGACGAUAGUUAUUACAAAAUUAAAGAAGGAGACAGCCAAGAACAUUUUCUAUAAUCUCCUUAUCAUAAUCAAAAUCUCAAUCAUAUAAAUAAGCAUACCCAUAAAAAAGGAAAUUGUCUAAAUAUACGACAUGAUGUAAGCCAUGACAUGCUCUCAUCCCAUCAAACACUAUCCUAUCAAAACUAUGGUGACAAAAUGAAAAAAUAUAUGUAAUGAAUGUAAUGGGUAGUUCUUCGAAAUUUGAUUCUUCGACUGAUUCAUAUGGCCAAAAUUUAAUUCCACUUUAAGAUCUGUAACACGUGUUCAUAUGAAAAUAGUUAUACCAAAUAACGUAUAUUCGAAUGAGGGACUCGUUUUAAAAAAUUAGUUUUCGAGAUAUCGACGUUUGAAUAUUUUCUGCCCAGAUGAAUCAGAAAUUGUUACAGAUGAAUCUGUUGAACAAUUGAAAAUUGUAUGUAAAUGAGCUCUGUAUUUAUUUUAAUUGUUAGCAUACCAUUUUCGAGUACUUUCGCACAGAGAAGUCACGAGCAUUCAUCAUCACGCUUGCUCAGGGCGGAUUAGCAAUUUCAGACUCAUAUUAAUUACAUUCCUCAAAAAAAGUUUUUAAAUUGUAGCUAUAACAUUUAUAGCUAAGUUAAUUUAAAAAUAAGACUAGUAAAAAAAUGAACAACGCAACAAGAGCAUUAUUUUAUGAUUCAUAUGCGGUUUUGACCAUACGAAUCAGGCACAGAUGAAUCAGGAUUUUGCUUACAAUCAUGCAUAACUCAUCGUAUAUACAGACUUCAUUCUUAUCAUUUUUCUACACGAAUGUAUAACCAAAAAGCUUCACACGAAACAUAGAUUGAAGUUUUAAAACUGUAAAGUAAAUUUUAUAAAAUAGGCAUUGUAAUCAGGAUGCCAUGUAAACCAAACACAGAUGAAUCAGAUAUUUACCUUAGUAACACCUGGAUCUAAGCCAACCAGCCGCACGUCGGCCUCCUAGCUUGUCCGUUGCACGCCUGGUUUCCCUCCGCACAGGAAGCCAGACUCUCAUUAUUAAUACCCGACAAAGUAUGGCCAUUCGUAGCUUGCGCCAUAUUAAUCAGUAUUAUACGCCGGACACUUCUUAUUUAUUUAUUUAUAAUCAUACUAACAUAGUUAUAACGACUGCAUAUUUUUUUUUGAAGAGGACAACUCAUCUCCUUUCGAUGUAAUUAUAAUUUAUAUUGAAGUAUCAAAGGGAAAAUGCGAAAUCGACUACUUUGUUCCGGAAAAUGGCAAACGGACACACCAUAUGAAUCAGAAGAACAAGCUUUAAAAAAAAUAUUUUGUACCUAGACUGCAAUUAUUUAAAAAAUAUUAUUUGUCCUAGUAACUGAUAUAGCUAAACUAUACUAAAAAAAUAUUACAUGCCGUUUUGUUAGUUGGUUUCAAAAAUAUUCCCAAAGACAUCGAAAAUUUUGUCUCUGAAGAACUACCCUAAUAUUCAUUUAUAUUUCGUACUAAUUAACGUGAAAUGAGGUGUGUUUUCACCAGUGGUUUAUCACGUAAAACAUGUAAUUUGACUAGAUUUGUCAUACUGUCACGCAGAAAUUAUGAAGCGCGUUAUAAUUAUGGGGCAAUAUAAUGACCCUUAUUUAGGCAUGUUUUCGUGUACAAUUUUGACGAUAGUAAAUUUUCUUUUCGUAUAGCUAGUUCCUCCUAUUAAUUAUUGACCAAUCACGUGUUGGCCAGUAUUAAUUAUUGACCAAUCACAAUCAUGGGUUGGUGUUUGCUAUCAUUUCUAUUUCCUUAUUAAUUUGAUUAUGGCAACAGAAGUUGUAAUCUUAUUCUCUAAUAACACUGCUCGUGUUGGUGAGGUGUCUCAUUUUAGAUUUUUUAAUAAGACAAAUUAUCAUUAUUGAUUUAAAAAAAAAAUCAAUGUGUUGUGUAAGAUUAGUAGUUUUUAUUUGAAAAAGUAUAUAGUAAUGAAUUUAAUGUUACUAAGACACAACAAUAAUACUUAUUAAUUUCUGACUUAACAAAAGAGAAUUAGUUUAAAUAUGAUUCGAAAAUGUGAUAAGUCUUUCAGGACAAAGUACGAUGUUUUAGAAGUAGCAAAACCUUUAAAUACGCCAGAAGCCAAUAAAAUUAACAAACUAUCAAGGAAAAUUUGGAAAAUAAACAUAAAAUAAUUGAUAGUCUCUUAAGGUAAAUAUCAAAAAGAGGUUCCGAGAUUCUAAAUAUAGGCUCGGUGAUUAAAUUGACGAAAUUGGCGUAAACUCUAUAAUAUUCACGGAGCGUGAACAUGUUCUCGCUCCCCUCCUGCUAGUUUAUUUUUGGCAGAGGCCUAUCUUCGCCAUAUUUAGGAACAUAAAUACGGAGAUAAAUACAACGAGCCAUUAUGAUUUUUUGUAUAUAUUUUUUUCGUUAUUUUAUUAAGUAACAUCAGAGAUUGUGUUUACGGAAUUGAAAUGGUUUAGUUGGUUAUUUUUAUAUCUUUUAUAAUAUUUUAAGGAUUUUUGUUUUGCUUAUGAUAAAGAUAGGUUUCUUGUCUGUUUUGUAAUAUUUUGCACUAUGGUAAUAUCAGAUUUUAUGUAUAAAUAGCUCAGAAACUCUCGUUAGCUCUCUGUUUAGAUCCUAGUGUCUAACGCAAUGCUGAAAUUUGGUCUUGUAUUUAUAGAAUCGACAAUUUUACUGUAUUCGAUCUGAGAAACAAGUACGCCCACGCCUCUUUAACUUUAAAAUGAACCAGAAAUAGACUUCUUACUGUUACUAAAUGCGGUAGAAACUUAUUCUUCAUUGCUCUUACUAACAAAAACUUUUUAAUAUUUAACUGACUCACUACUUUUGUAAGUUUCCAGCGUUUUGUUAACUUCUUUUUUUAUUAGUUUAGCUGGCCGUUUAAAGUUUUGUCAUAUCAAAGUUUUAUUACUUUCCCUCACGGCUCAAGCAACUAACAUACAUUUUGUCUUAUAACUACUAUCUUAUACAACAUCAAGACUUUUAUUACUGUCGUGGAAAUUACCCUGAAGAUACUUUUUUAAUCACCAUUAACUAACUUCAGUAUAUUGUUUUUAUAGGCGACAAGAUUGUCUUUAAUAUCUUAUGUUAAACUACAUAAUGAAAAAAAACAUGUUCAAAGUUGCAAAGUAUUGUUUAAUUGUAAAUUCAAGUUGUUUCUAAAAGUUAUUAGUAUGAGUAUGUUUAAGCUCAACUUCAGCAAGAUUAUUAUAGUAAACUUCAAAAACAAGCCUUGUCAUGCAUAAGCAAAACCAACCAUCUCAAAAUAAAUCUAAUGGACGUUACAAAGAAAAGUAUGUAAAAGCAAUUCAACUUGAAAAUUGUCGCAGGGAAAUUAUUUAUUCAAGAGUUUCACUCGAAGACACGUCGUUUUAGAGACAAGUUACUUCAAAGCGUACAUCUUAAUUUAUCACUGAAGGGUGAAACAGGCUUGUAAUAAAUUAUUUGUUAAACAACCCUUGACGUGAACCAAGUACUAAUAGAUUGUUCAUGUUGAUUAAUUUUAAGUUGGCUUUUGAGUCUGUGAACUGAACUUAGAUUCUCAAGUUUACAGCAUGUGUAUAUAAUCUGCAUACUUAAGUAACAAAUUCAUACACAGUCUGGGCUAUGUAAUUCGUUGGAUAACACAUCUAACUCAAUCUGCGAUAUGCGGAGGUCAUAGAACGAAUUGACCUACAGGCGUCCCUCAGGGACUUUACCUCGGUCUGACAAAUAUUUAUAGACAUUUUGCAAGUAUUUCGCAAAAUCUCUGAGAUUGCGUGAAAAUUAUUCGGUCUUGAAUAAAAUGAUUGCUAUAUCAGGCAAACAAUAUGAAUUUGCCUAUUCCAAUCAACUACGACCUUAAAUGUAUAAUAAUUCUGCCAUGAUUUUGUUUAACUUGCUUUGCAAUAUAGCAAGUCCGAUGUACAUAUAAAUUGAUACGAAGUAAACGAUGUAAGUCCAUAUUAAUGUAGUUAUUGUAAACUAACGUUUGAUGCAUUAUUUAAAUUGAAUAAAUAACUAACAGCUUCUAUCUUUCAAAUGGAUAGAUAUUUUUAUGGAAACUAGUAAUCAUCAUUUUAUUAUAUCUAGAUGUUACCAUAGUAAUAUUUCUUUGUUCGUUGAAAAAUGCUGACGCAAAUUUAUUUUACGUUAAGACACCAAAUUUGCGAUUUUAGAAGAAAUCAAAUAGUAAUUACAUUAUAGACGUAAUAUCAUAAUCUCUUGCAGAUAUUUCUAACAUAAUGAGAAAUCAAAGUGAGUGCUUUUCACAUAAUUUGAUACCAUAAUUUGAUUAUGUCGACUUUUGAACGUUUUCAAGAUUUAAUUGGAUUUAUUGAAAGACUCAAAUAAAGGAGAAAUAAUGCAUCAAACUAAUUAAUAUUAAAAUACCGUUUGUAAAUACAUAUUCAUAAAGUAGUUAUAAUAUGGAACCAGAAUUAUAAUUUUGUUGUUAUUAUGUUCAAAUACUUGAUAUAACUAUUAGAUUAGUACCUAUGUUAAAAUUUAAUGAAAAAUGAAUAUUUAUAAAUAAAUUAAUACUUUAAAAAGGUAUGAAAAUAUUAGAUAUAAAGUUAUUAUAACGAUUUGAAGUAAGUAUGAAGUCAUUUGCAUCGAUGACUUAGUUUAAGACUAGUAUAAGUUUUAUGAAUAUUGAUUUUUUUUAUAGUCUAUCAAUGUAAUACGGUUGUGUAAAUACAGUAUGAUAUAAGAAGUUAUUUAA